CUGAGUAUGGCGUCUGGGAGCGAGGGGCAGGGUAGCCCCCCGUCCACUCCCCAGAGACCCCCCAACCGCCUGGGACAGGAGAGGUCCCCUUACCUGCUGCAACACGCACACAACCCGGUGGACUGGUAUCCAUGGGGACAAGAGGCUUUUGACAAAGCCAGGAGUGAAGACAAGCCUAUCUUCCUGUCAGUGGGCUACUCUACGUGUCACUGGUGCCAUGUGAUGGAGAGAGAGUCCUUCGAGGACGAGGAGAUUGGAAAGACCCUCAGUGACAACUUUGUCUGUAUUAAAGUUGACCGUGAAGAGAGACCUGAUGUGGACAAAGUCUACAUGACCUUCGUGCAGGCAACCAGCGGAGGUGGUGGUUGGCCGAUGAGUGUGUGGCUGACCCCUGACCUACGACCUUUCAUUGGGGGCACCUACUUCCCCCCAAAGGACAGUGGCCGGAGACCUGGACUCAAAACUGUCUUGACCAGAAUUAUGGAGCAGUGGCAGGAUAACCGUGAAGCGUUGGAGUCAAGUGGUGAGAGAGUUAUAGAAGCUCUGAAGAAGGGAACCUCUAUCGCAGCUAACCCAGGGGAAACCCCACCCCCAGCCCAUGAUGUAGCCAAUCGCUGCUUCGUACAGCUCGCACACUCCUAUGAGGAGGAAUAUGGAGGAUUCAGGGAUGCACCCAAGUUCCCCUCACCAGUGAAUCUGAUGUUCCUUAUGUCAUUUUGGUCUGUGAACCGUUCGUCCACUGAGGGGUCCGAGGCGCUCCAGAUGACCCUACACACACUCCGCAUGAUGGCCCUGGGGGGCAUCCACGACCAUGUGGCACAGGGGUUCCAUCGUUACUCUACAGACUCAUCCUGGCACGUUCCCCACUUUGAGAAGAUGCUUUAUGACCAGGCCCAGCUGGCUGUGGCCUACAUCAGCGCCUACCAGGUGUCGGGGGAGCAAGUCUUUGCUGACGUGGCCCGGGACAUUCUCCUCUAUGUCUCCAGAGACCUCAGUGACAAGUCUGGGGGCUUCUACAGUGCUGAGGACGCAGACUCUCUCCCUGCUGCUGGGGGAAGUGAAAAGAGGGAGGGGGCAUUCUGUGUGUGGAUGGGGUCAGAGGUCAGAGAACUACUUCCUGUCGUGGUGGAGGGAGCAACAGGGGGCGCUACAGAGGCUGACAUCUUCAUGCACCACUACGGGGUCAAAGAACAAGGCAACGUGGACAUGGAACAGGACCCUCAUGGGGAGCUGCAGGGCCAGAAUGUGUUGAUUGUGCGUUACUCUGUGGAGCUGACAGCUGCACGCUUUGGCCUCAGUGUAGCAAAGGUCUCUGAGCUACUGGCCUCCGCUAGAGCCAAGAUGGCCGAAGUCAGGAAGAGCCGUCCAGCCCCUCACCUCGACACCAAGAUGCUGGCCUCCUGGAACGGUCUGAUGUUAUCAGGCUUUGCACGUGUCGGUGCUGUGCUGGAUGACAAGGCUCUGCUGGAGAGAGCGGUGCAGGCCGCUGGCUUCCUAAAGGAGCACCUGUGGGACGCGGAGCGACAGAUAAUGCUUCGCUCCUGUUACCGUGGAGAUGAGAUGGAGGUGGAGCAGGGCGUGUCACCCAUUGCUGGUUUCCUGGACGACUAUGCGUAUGUUAUCUGUGGUCUGCUGGACCUGUACGAGGCCACGCUGCAGCCAGAGUGGCUCCGCUGGGGGGAGGAGCUACAGGACCGACAGGACCUCCUCUUCUGGGACGCAGAGGGAGGGGGCUACUACUGCAGCGACCCCACAGAUCCCACCGUACUGCUGCGACUCAAACAGGACCAGGAUGGUGCGGAGCCCAGUGCGAACUCUGUGUCUGCCUUGAACCUACUGCGUCUGUCCCACUACACUGGUCGUAAGGACUGGUCACAGCGUUCACAACAGCUACUGGCUGCCUUCUCUGACCGGCUGACCAGAGUCCCCAUAGCCCUGCCAGAGAUGGUCAGGGGCCUGAUGGCUAACCACUACACACUCAAACAGAUAGUAAUCUGUGGUCAGAGGGAUGCACCGGACACCUCCAGUCUGCUAGCAACAGUCAACUCUCUGUUCCUUCCACACAAGGUCCUGAUGUUAGCUGAUGGGGAGACAGAGGGCUAUCUGUACCAGCGUCUACCCAUCCUCUCCUCCCUGACCUGCCAGGGUGGCAGUGCCACAGCAUACGUGUGUGAGGACUUCACCUGUGCCCUGCCUGUCACAGACCCACAGGAGCUACGCAGGCUACUGCUAGAGUAAAGAAGAGCGGGAGGGAUGGCGAGAGACAUAGAGGGAGAGAGGACCAGAUGAACCCUGUCCUAACCUGCUCCAGCUAACCCAGUCCUAACCCUGCCCCGCUCACCUCCACCUCUACCUUAGUUUAACCUCCUGCAGAGCAGGUAUAACACAUCCCUCUGUAACCCUACAGUAACCAUACUCUCCCUGGCCAUAAGAGCCCAGUCGAAAUGCUCUGUAGAUAGUGGGACCCAGGAGGCGCGUAAUCUCUAGGAGUCACAAGCCAGCAGUUCCAAUAACAGCAGUUGUCUGCAUAACUUAGUCACAGACCUACUAAAGCGAUACCAAGCAAAGGCCGUAUCAGUUCUUCAGCAGUAGACUAAUAAACUGUGUGUAGAUGUCAGUGGAGGCUGCUGAGGGGAGGACGGCUCAUAGUAAUGGCCGGAUUGGAGUCAAUGGAAUGGUAUCAACCAAUGGCAACCACGUUUGAUACCAUUCCAUUGACUCCAU